AUGGCACCCAAGAAAGAGAAAGGUGGGACUCCAAGCACCAGUUCUAAGAUAUGGGAAUCCUCGCUCAUCGCUGCACACUUCAAUCAGAAUGAUUGGAAGGGCUCCAUCGCUUUUGUAGUUGGAAACCGGAUUGAGGAUGAUCUUCCCAUUCGAGCAUUGACUCUUGCCGUCCAGGUCCCUCAGCGCAAAUUCUUCAGUAUCGUAUCAUGGCAAGACAUUCUACAGCAGAUCAAUGAAUCAAAUGCCCUUCUUGGAACUACAUCUAAGAAAGCAAAGAAACCUGUAGGCAAUAGUGCUCCCUUAUAUUAUGAGGUGUUAACGGCAGCAAAGGCAAUUAUGGACAGUGGAGAGAAAUUAACCCUACCACUGAUAGGGAAACUCUUGAAAUUUCAGCUUCUCCAGAUUAAAUUUAAGGACCAGCAGAGACGGGAAAACGAAAAGAAGGUAAUAGAAGAUUGUUUCAAGAUAGAAAAGGAUAAAGAGAAAGCAAAAUCUCCCAAGGAGAAGAAGUCCUCAAGUGCCAAGGUUGCCAAAGGGAAGGGAAAGGAUCCUCCUGAGGCGAACACAGCCGUGAAGAAGACCACACAGCUAAAACGGAGAGGGGAAGACGAUGACGCUAAACCUUACAUUGACGAUGAGCCAGAUGAUGGUGCCCAACAUUACAUUAUAGUCGUGGGCUUCAACAAUCCUCAGCUAUUAGCGAUUAUGACUGAGCUUGGCAUUCCCAUAAGCAGCGUGAUUAAAAUAUCUUCAGAGAAUUAUGAGCCUCUGCAGACACACCUGGCAACAGUUAGCCAGCAGCAGGAAGUUCUUCUUCAGCCAGAAGACAUAAAGGCUGAAAACCUGAAGAAAGAGAAUGCCAUAAAAGAACUUGACAUUUUCUGGAAAUACCUGGAACCAAUCCUGAAUAAUGAGAAACCUGAAACAAAUCUCUUUGAUGUUGCUCGACUGGAGUAUGUGGUCAAGGCAGAUGACUUUCCUUCUGACUGGGCAGACAGCGAGAUGAUGCUGGAAUUGGGUACUGAAAUUUUUGAAAAUGUUGCCUGUUUGAUGUAUGACACCCUGGAUUGGAAGAGGCAACACCAACACUAUUUGGAAAGCAUGCAGCUUAUAAAUAUUCCACAAGUGGUUAGUGAGAAAUCGCUCUUGGAAGCCAUGUCAGUUACUGAGGCUCCACAACCUGUUGCUCCAACCCCUGGCAAGAAGAAAGCACAGUAUGAGGAACCCCAAGCCCCACCAUCAGAAGCUUUCGUCUUCACAAAUGAAGUAGACAUGAGAUAUUACAAUGACUUGCUGAAUCCAAUUCCAGAAGAAUUCAUUUCUGUGCCCCUGAUACUGCACUGUAUGCUGGAACAGGUUGUGGCAACUGAAGAAGACCUUGUCCCACCAAGUCUGGUGCAGCCACAUCCCAGAACAGAUGGGUUGGACCACAGAAUCGCCGCUCAUAUUGUGUCCAUCCUGCCCUCUCUCUGUCUCACGGAGAGGGAGCAAAAGAACCUCCAUGAAAUAUUCUUAUCCGAAGAAGAACAUGAAAGCAGAGCAGUGCCCAAAGGCCCUCUCCUACUGAACUAUCAUGAUGCACAUGCCCACAAGAAGUACGCACUGAAGGGCCAAAAGAAUUUUGACCCAGUUCAAAUUGAGCAGGAGAUGCAGUCCAAGUUGCCACUGUGGGAAUUCCUUAAAUUCCCUCUGCCCCCGCCAUGGAACAGCACUAAGCGUCUAGCUACAAUUCAUGAGCUCAUGCACUUCUGUACAAAUGAAGUCUUGAGCUGGAAUGAAGUAGAACGAGCCUUCAAAGUGUUUACUUUUGAGAGCCUGAAACUCUCUGAGGUUAAUGAAGAAGGCAUACUAAUGCCUUCUGGGAUGAUGUAUGGAACAGAUUCUGAGAUGUCCAACAUACCGUGGGACAACCCUGCCAGAUUUGCUAAACAGAUAAGGCAGAAAUACAUCAUGAAAAUGAAUACCCAAGAGGCCAAACACCAAACAGAUACUGAAGCCAAAGACAGAAUUUUAUUUGUGGAUCAGAAUUGGUCAAUGUUGGCGCAAGAGGAUGAGGUCAGUAAAGAACCUUCAGACCCUAGUCGGUCUGGUUCUAACAAAAUGAAGCAGUCUGACCCAAACAGCAAGGAACCCUUAGACUAUGAAAAUAUAGAGCUGUCAGAGCAGGAGACCAGCUUGAGGACUCAGUGCCAGUCUGCGCUGUCAGAACAGACCACGAACAAUGAGAUCAAAGAUGAAGCAGUCACAAAGGCUGAUCCUCUUGAAAAGAAACCCAAGAAGAUGACUGUGGAAGCAGACCUGGAGGACAUAAAGAAAACGCAACAACGCAGUUUAAUGGACUGGAGUUACACUGAACAUUUUAAACCAAAAGUUCUGCUUCAGGUUCUUCAAGAAGCCAGGCAGCAAUACAGGUGGAUUGAUUCUUACUACCAUACGCAAGACAACUCUCUACUUUUAGUCUUUCAUAAUCCAAUGAAUAGUCAACGUCUGCAUUGUGAAUAUUGGAAUAUUGCUCUUCACUCCAAUGUUGGAUUCAGGAAUUAUUUGGAACUUGUUGCAAACUCCAUUCAAGAUUGGAUCAUAAAAGAAGAAGCUAUAUAUCAGGAAGCUAAAAUGGCUGAGGAAAUCACUAGGACAAAGGCCGAGCUGGAAUUGAAAUAUUCUGCUACUACCAAAAUCACUUCUAACAAAAUGUAUUCUGUUAAAAAACCUAAAAGUAACAAAGGAAUGAGCAAAGGAGAGAUAGCGGAUCAAGAAAAAGAAAAAGAAAACGAGAAGGAAAAGAUUCCUUUUAUUUUAGAAGGCUCUCUCAAGGCAUGGAAAGAAGAACAAGAUCGAUUAGCAGAAGAAGAGCGCUUAAAGGAAGAAAAAAAAGCAGAGAAGAAGAGUAAGGAAACUGGUAGAAAGAAAGGCAAGGAAAAGGUAGAGAAAGAAGACAGUAAGCUUGUGAAGAGAAAAUCUUUUUUGAAGGAGAAACCUAAAGAAGACCAGCUGAAGAUCCCAGAAAUAACAGAGGAGCCCCCCCAGCAUCCAGAACCUGGGGUCGUUUAUCCGUUUUGUGGAUACAAUAUGGGAGAGAUACCCAUCCAGAUCUCUGGAACAAAUUCUUACCUGUAUCCUUCAGAUGGAGGGCAGAUUGAAGUAGAGAAGACAACAUUUGAAAAAGGGCCAACUUUUAUCAAAGCGACUGUGAAAAAGGACAAGCACACUUUUAUAAUUCAUUUAAAAGACCCUAAGAAAAUUGUGAAAAAGGAAAAAAAAGAAGAGGAUAGUUCUUUGGAAGAUGAGAAAGAAGAAAGAGAGGAAGAGCAAAAGCUUGACACAGAAGAAUCAGAUGCAGAGAAUAAAGGUGUCAGCAAGUUUGGAUCUUUUUCGGCCACCUUAGAAAACGGCAUCUGCCUCUCAAUAAGUUACUAUGGACCAAGUGGAAUGACACCAGAGGAUAAGGAUCCUAAUUUGGACACAAUGUUGAAUAUCCCAUCAGCACUUACUGCAACAGUAAUUCCUGUCGUAGUGACUGUUCCUCAAGGCAAAGGAAAACCAAAAUCAAAAGGCAAAGAAAAACCCAGAGAAUCAAUUAAAGAAGAGGAACACCCAAAAGAAGAAGAGAAAAAGGAAGAAGUGGAACCAGAACCUGUUUUACAAGAGACUCUUUAUGUUCCCACUUUCCAAAACCUAAAUGUGUCUUGCCCCAAUGGGCUCCUAGUGACCUUCAUUGGGCAAGAGUCUACAGGUGAGUAUGGGAAUGUUAUGGAUGAGGAACCCACUUGGGACAUCAUGGUCCGGCAGAGCUACCCCCAGAAGGUGAAACACUAUGAGUACUAUAAGACGGUGAUGCCACCAGUGGAACAGGAGGCAUCAAGAGUUAUCACCAGGCAAGGCACUGUUGUCAAGUACAUGUUGGAUGGAUCCACACAGAUUCUCUUUGCCGAUGGUGCCGUGAGCAGUAGUCCUGAUUCAGGUUCUGUUUGUCCUCCUGGUGAAAUGCCAACAAGCCCUCACAGCGGCGACUUUAUGGACACGGCUUCUCAGCAUAAAUCAGAAAUUGUACCAUCUGAGAUUGUCAUCACAAAGAAAGGAAAAAGUCACAAAAAUCAGUCAUCAAUGGCACAUAAGAAUGAAAGCCAUGAACCUCACCCAGAGACGGUUCAAGCAGUAACUCCUGUAGACGUUCAUGUAGGCACCUGGUUUACAACCACACCUGAAGGAAAUCGGAUUGGCACCAGAGGACUGGAAAGAAUUGCAGACAUGACCCCAUUAUUAUUCUUUAAGGCCACAGAUCCUGUCAGUGGAACGGUCAUGAUAACUCGAGAAGACAGAGUGAUCAUUGUGGAAAAGAAAGAUGGUACUCGGAUAGUGGAUCAUGCUGAUGGUACCAGAAUCACAACCUUUUAUCAAGUUUAUGAAGACUGUAUUACUCCUCCAGAUGAUCAAGAAAUAACCGAAAGUCCUCAAACGGUCACCAGGCAGGUGAAGUGCAUGUGGAUCGAAAAUGCACACUAUGCCACUGUCAUCACCAACUGCGAGGACAGUAGCUGCUGUGCCACCUUUGGGGACGGGACGUCUAUUAUCGCAAAACCACAGGGAACGUAUCAGGUGUUACCUCCCAACACAGGCUGCCUUCACAUUGAUCGGGAUUGUUCAGCUAUAUAUUGCCAUGAACCAAGCAGUGAUAUAUACCAUCCUUUCCAAAAACGUGAGCAGCUAAGAGCUAGCAGGUACAUCAUGAAGCACACAUCAGAGAUUAUCUGUGAGGUCCUGGAUCCUGAGGGAAAUACCUUUCAGGUAAUGGCUGAUGGUACUGUAUCAACUAUGCUAUGUGAAAACAAUUUGGUAGAUGAUCCAAAUGAAAAAACUGAAGGCUAUGAUAGUUUAUCAUCUACUCACGUUUAUAAGAAUCAUCCGCAAAUCUAUGGUGAACAUGUACCCAGGUUUUUUGUCAUUUAUGCUGAUGGAUCAGGAGCGGAACUUCUUCGAGACAGUGACAUAGAAGAAUACCUAUCCUUGGCACACGGGGAAUCAACUACUGUAGUUCUCCAGGAGCCAAUACAAGAACAGCCAGGUGCCCUGAGCAUCACUGUCCUUCGCCCUUUCUGUGAAGCAUCACCAUGGCUAAUGAAGAAAGAAUUAGAUACAAUUGUUCCUCCGAAUCUCCAGUCAAGGUCAUGGGAGAUGUUUCCCUCAGUGGAGAAGAAGACUCCUGGACCUCCAUUUGGCACUCAGAUUUGGAAGGGCCUUGACAUUGGGUCCAAACAGCUAGCAAGUGCGCCGGCCCCUAUACUCAAGAGCCCCAGUGUUCUACAGAUGCGCCAGUUCACCCAGCACGAGGUCAUAAAAGAGGAGGUGAAGCAAAAGCUGCAGAUUUCCCUUAAGGAUUAUAUAAACCAUAUUCUAAAGAAAGAAGAUGAACUACAGGAAAUGACGGUUAAGGAUUCCAGAACCGAGGAGGAAAGAGGCAAUGCUGCAGAUCUCCUCAAGCUCGUCAUGUCGUUCCCUAAAAUGGAAGAAACUACAAAAAGUCAUGUAACUGAAGUUGCAGCCCACCUAACCGAUUUAUUCAAGCAAUCAUUGCCUGCCGCUCCGGAAUGUCUGCCAGAGACAACUGAUGCAGAUUUCUUUGAAAGGAAAUGGAGGCAAACAACAAAAGGAAAGCACUGGAAAGAAAAGUUGGAACAUAAGAGGAAGGAUAUUGAAACCACACAAAAUUACCUAAUGGAAAUUAGGAACAAAGUAAUAUCACCCUACUUCAACUUGGAAAUGAGCAAGUUAUGUCAGUCUAAGUUUCAUUAUCUGGAUACGCUUUCCAAAAACUUGCCUCCUUUUCCAAAGACAGCGGAAGCCGCAGACGAAACAGCUGUUCAGAAAACAUCCGAUCUUCCUCCAGAUUCCCAGCCAGAAACAGUUUCAGGACAGGAGUCCCCACAAACACCGAGUGUUCCAAAACUCAAGAGUUUUGUAGAUGCCAAGGAGUCUGCUGACCAGAACCAAACUGAAAAUUUGGCAAAACCUAUUGCAGAAGCAGAGUCCUGUGAGCCUGUGAAAAUCCCCACCCAGUCGUUGCUGCAGGAUGUUGCGGGGCAAGCAAGGAAAGAAAAAGUGAAGUUACCUCACUACCUGCUGAGCUCCAAGCCCAAGUCCCAGCCUCUCACAAAGGUGCAAGAUUUGGUUGGAGGCAAAGUGAAAACGUCCUCUGUUGCGUCUGCUGCCAUUAAUAACGUGAACUCAUCCCCUUUUGGAUUCCACCUUCUCCCACCAUCAGUGAAGUUUGGAGUCCUAAAAGAAGGACACACCUAUGCAACCACUGUGAAGCUCAAGAAUGUUGGAGUGGACUUUUGCAGGUUUAGGGUGAAGCAGCCCCCACCCAGCACAGGACUGAAAGUGACUUAUAAACCCGGUCCUGUGGCAGCGGGUCUGCAGACGGAACUGAAAGUGGAGUUAUUUGCCAUGGCUGUUGGAGAAGAAGGUGCCAGGGGAUCAACACACAUCUCGCACAAUAUUGAGAUUAUGACCGAGCAUGACAUCCUGUUCUUACCCGUGGAAGCAACAGUUUUAACAAGCAGCAAUUGUGAUAAGAGACCAAAAGAUUUUCCUCAGGGAAAAGAAAAUCCCAUGGUCCAGAGGACUUCUACGAUUUCUUCUUCUGCACUUGGAGUCUUCAUGUCCCGUAAAAUUUCUCCACGUUAGGUCCGUUUCCUCUCGGUAUAGCUCGACAGCCUCCAUGAUCCUCUCAGCCUACACAGAUGGGGACAAAGGACAGACA